UCUUCUCCCUUUUCAUUUAGUUGUUUCAUUUGAACUCCACUGAUUUCCUUUCUCUCUCUCUCGCUCGUUUACAUUUUUCCUGAAUCGCAGAAACCUACUUUGGUUUCUACUUAUCAAUUGCAGUUGCUUGUGCUCUGAACAAACCAUUUCGUCCUGGUUUCGGAUUUGAAUCAAGAUUCUAGCCCGAAAGAAGAUGCUGGGAGAUCUCAUCACAAGAAUCCUAAUAUUGCUUGUGGGUUACGCGUACCCAGCAUAUGGAUGCUACAAAAGCGUGGAAAAGAAAAAGCCUGAGAUCCAAGAACUUAGAUACUGGUGCAAGUAUUGGAUCUUGUUGGGUCUCCUUACAGUUUUCGAAAGGAUAGGAGACAUCGUUGUAUCGUGGUUACCUCUCUAUGCCGAGAUCAAAAUCGCUAUUUUCAUAUACUUAUGGUACCCGAAAUCACAGGGAAUUAGCUAUGUCUACGAGAAGCUACUAUGCCCUUACAUAUCAAGGCAUGAAUCAGACAUCGAUCAGGGGAUUUCGGUUUUGAAGAUUAGAGGACGUUCUGUAAUUGUUCAAUUAGUAAAAUGUGGCUAUCACUGGACUCUACAAAUCUUCAGGCAUGUACAACAACAUUUCGCUAUCUAUAAGAAAAAUGACCGAUCAAAGUCAAAAGAGAGACAACAAACAGCAACUUCGUUUAUGUUCCUCCGUUAGCUGUCGCAGAAGGACUGAAUUACCAAGUGCGAGUAGGUGUAGCCACUCUCACGACAAUCACAAUAACCGGUUUUAACCGUCUGGUCAGGGAAACUGGGAUCUCUAGCGCCAAACCCGAGUUGGACAUGACAAUCACUAUAAGCAGCUUGUGGACGACGAUGAAAUUUGACGAAUAAACAAAAAAGAAAAGAGAGAUUUUGAAGAAUUCAGAAACCAAAAAUCUUUCCUUGAAUAUCUUUUGAUGCUCGUAACACUUUAUUGUAUACAAACAGUUGUGUUCAAUUCCUGAAACCCAAAGUAUUUAUGCAAUUUCU